AUGAGACUGCUUGCACCAUCAAUUGGCCGGCCGCGGAUACUCCCAAGCCGCUGUAGAAUAGCCACCGCAGCCGGAAGGCGCCACCUGACCAACAAUGGCUUCUUCCGUGUCUCGGACGAGGUGCGCGAAGCUCUGAACUCAAAGAAGCCCGUCGUCGCGCUCGAGACGACAAUCUACACGCAUGGCUUCCCCUAUCCUGAAAACGUAGCCCUGGCAUCCCUCCUCGAAAGCGUAGUCCGAACGAAUGGCGGCAUCCCAGCCACCAUUGGCAUCCUCGACGGCGUAGCACGUGUAGGCAUGGACCCCGAGGAGCUGAUCAGACUCGCCUCUUCUGCUGGCAAGGCAAACACAAUGAAGCUCUCGCGACGCGACCUCGGCUAUGUAUGUGGCAUGCGACUGACGGACAGGUCCUUCAACGGAGGCACCACCAUCUCCGGCACUAUGCUGCUGGCCCAUCUCGCUGGCAUCAAGAUCUUUGGAACAGGCGGCCUCGGCGGAGUCCACCGUGGUGCAGAGUCAAGCAUGGACAUCUCUGCCGAUCUGACCGAGCUUGGGAGGACCCCAGUCACCGUCAUCUCCAGUGGCUGCAAGAGCUUCCUCGACAUACCGCGAACAAUCGAGUACCUCGAGACAGAAGGCGUCGGCGUAGGCACCUUCGCCGACGGACGGCAAGGAAGCGUAGACUUCCCCGCUUUCUGGUCCAGAGACAGUGGAGUCAAGAGUCCCACCACCAUUGCCGAUGAGAUUGAAGCGGCUGCCGUUAUAUACGCCCAACACGCACUCCAAAUCUCGUCCGGUCUCCUCUUCGCCAACCCCGUCCCUAUCGAUUUCGCUAUACCCAAGGAUGAGAUGGAUGUCAUCAUUGCCGAGGCUCUAAAACAGGCCGAAGCGUCCAACAUCUCUGGCAAGGACAACACGCCUUUUGUCCUUGCCAAGAUCAAAGAACUCAGCAAGGGCAAGAGCAUACCCGCCAACAGAGCCCUGAUAGAAUCCAACGUGAAGAGGGCCACUAUCGUAGCACGAGAACUUGCCAUCCUCGAAGCGAAACAGGAACAAGCCCAAGGACGGAAUUCCUCUUACUUUACUCCCGUUCCAUCCAAUCUCUCGUCUACUCCACACGAGGAGCUGCGCAAUGCAACCUCGCCGCCCUCUGAGCCUGCUUCCACUCCCACCACGUCAUCCUCAUCUAGUACUGAGCCUCGUAAAGACCCCGAUGUGGUUGUCGCAGGCGCUCUUGCAGUUGACUUUUCUUGUGACUAUGCUCCGUUCAAGGCUUCUGCGGGCCAGACAGAUCCACUUCCUCACACCUCGAAUCCAGCAGUCAUAACUCAGACACUUGGAGGUGUCGCACAUAAUAUUGCUAAAGCCUCGCAUUUGCUCGGCUCUUUCGUUCACCUGCAUAGUGCUGUUGGUGACGACUUGAGUGGUCGCGCGGCGAUCAGCCAACUGCAGCAAGAAGGCAUGUCAGUUUCCGGUAUCGAAACACUCCCUGCGCCGUCUAGAACAGCGCAAUAUGUCGCCAUCAAUAACACGAACAAAGAUCUCGCACUCGCCAUGGCAGAUAUGUCGAUCCUAGAGAUGAUCCCCAAUGAAACUAUCCAACAACUAGCCACCAGCAUCUUCAACAACGCUUCAGCUCGACCCAAAGCCUUUGUUGCAGAUGCGAACUGGUCUUCCUCCGCCCUGCACACUUGGCUCCAAGCCGCUCGUCACUCAGACACUACCACCAUCUUCGAACCAGUCUCUACAGCCAAGGCACUACGCAUUUUCCCAUCUACCACUCAUCCAUCAGUUUACCCCAAGCCUCUAGCAGACAUCAUAACACCCAACACUUACGAACUCACUGCACUCCAUGAUUUUGCCAGUCAGGCCUCCCUGUUCGAGUCGCCCGAAUGGUUCAGCGUCAUCGAUGCAUUGGGUAUCCCCAACGGUGGCUUGAGAGUCCCAUUAGCCGUCACAGUAGGUGGUGACAUAGUAGACCAAGGCAUCCCUCAACAAGCCAUCAAACUCCUCCCCUUCUUUCCCAUAAUCUUAACCAAGCUUGGUCCUCAGGGUGUACUCAUGACGAAACUCCUAGCCUCUGAUGCAAAAGAGCUAAGGGACGAUCAUGAGCGGCAGUAUGUGUUGGCGAGGAAUAUGUCUUCUGAUGGUGCAACUACCGUUGGUGGUCUCUACGUGAGAUUGUUUCCUGUGGAGAAAGUACUUGAACCACAUGAGGUAGUCAGCGUAAAUGGCAUUGGUGAUACGUUUUGCGGUGCGUUGGCAUAUGGACUGAGUCGAGGAGAGACGGUGCAGGAUGUUGUGGGAUUUGCGCAGAGGGCUGCGGGCGAGAGUUUGAAGAGCAGGGAGGCUAAGCCAGAAGGCUACCGGUGGGACAUCGUCACCGAGGAGGAACUCAAGUACGCUCCGACCUACUUCCAGGACGUACCGGAAACCACAACGGAGGUUGAAUAUGACAACUCAACGCCCAGAGUAGUUAUUCAGCAUCUUUUCGAUGGCCUGGACUUGCUGCACAAGUUCCGAAUGGUUGACGGCCGUGUCUACUACAUGAGCCGCUACACGGAUAACGGAAUCGUGCGAUGGGCGAUGAAAGAUGGUUAUGUUACAAACUCCUGGAUGGGCCCUAAUCCCAACACUCCUCUCUUCGAAGCCCAGGACCCGUGUUCGAAAUUGUUCGGUGCUCGUCAAACCGUAUAUCUUCCUAACGAUUUCUCAGCGCCGGAUGACUUCAACAUCCAUGUGCAGCCACGCCACGGUAUGCACCUUCCAAAGGAUAAGGAUCCCAAUUUGAGAGGUUUUCAGGCGGAUGACCCCGCCACUCAGGAGAUUCUAGUCCACACUGACUGGGAUGCUAUGCAAAUCUGUGACGCGAAGACUCUCGAACCAAAGCGGUUGCUUACCCAUGCGACCAUUUAUUCCGAGCUCGCUGGAGCUGGUUGCUACGCUCACCCUGUUCAUGAUCGCAGGCGAGGUCAAACCUUCAACUACCUGAUUGCCGCAGCUGGCAUCAUAAAUCCGCUCCCCCUGCAAACCAUGCUACACGCAUGCUCUCGCCAUCACCGACAACCCGUUACCAUGGAUACUAGCGAUCCAACAAAAACUAUCAUCGAAGCGAUGAAGUGCGAGCAUGACUCUCUCGAUUACUUCUACGUGUUGAACAAGGUAGAUGGCAAACUCCGACCACUACCCUACAACGAACACGCCAUCUCCAACGUCAUCAACCCGCUAAAACCAUACCAAGUCGGCCGUCUCGUCCGCUACGAACUCGCUGCCGUAGACAUCAAAGACCCCGCCGUCAUCGCCCGCGGCACAGUCAUAGCCGCCAUCCCAGACAUGAUGGCUGAGCUACCCCGUAUCUCGAAACCCGCGUCGAUGAAUCCAAACUACCGCUAUGUCUACGGUGUAUCCGGCAACGGCGUGUCCGCACCGGGCACCCAAGUCCCCAUUGACCGUCCCGGAAACGGCGUAUCCAACGGAGGAAGAGGAAUCGCCCACGCCUCUUUCUACGGACACCUCUUCAAGUCGGAUUGGCAGACAGGCACGUUCAAGUCUGGGGUUCCACAACAUGGCGAGAGUUGUCCUACAGAGCCUAUCUUUAUUCAGUGGCCCGGGGCGACGGAGGAGGAUGAUGGGAUUGUGAUUACAAUUACGAUGAAUAAGGAAGGGACGCAUAGUAUUCUUAUGGGACUUGAUGGGAGGAAUUUUGAGGAGGUGACUAGGGCGGAUAUACCGCAGGUGUACGCGCUUAGUCCUCAU